ACAGCCAAGUCAUCGGUGCUCACAUCUCUCAAGCUCAGGUAGGGCUGUGGCUUCUGACCAACAAUAACGAACCAGCUUCUGACAGCUCCUGCGGCGGCCUCGUCCAGGAGUGGCCGUGAGAGUUUCAGCCUGGCCAGCUGUCACCUCUGAGUCAAGUGCCGCCUGGCACCGCUGGGGCUGCCCGCACAGCAGCAAACCUGCUCAGCCCCGUUUUGCAAACGAGGACACUGAGGCACGGGGUGUGCUCUGACUUCCAGGGCUCUGCGACCCACCUCCUGGCAUGACCACCUCUGCUGCGUGGUCUGCGGGGAGAGAAGGGGAGGCCCGAAGAGGCCUGGACUCCGGCGAUGCCCCCUCUCCCUUCAGGGGCGAGAAACGGAGGCAGUGACAGCCACUUGAAGGAGGCGGGAAAGCCAGACCCGCGGCGGGGAGUCUGGACUGGCCGGUGCUUCUCGGUCCCCGCGGAAGGCGAUGACUCAGGAUGCAGCCAGCGGCUACGACGUGCACAGAGGACCGCAUCCAGCACGCCCUGGAGCGCUGCCUGCACGGACUCAGCCUCAACCGCCGCCGCUCCACCUCCUGGUCAGCCGGGCUGUGCCUGAACUGCUGGAGCCUGCAGGAGCUGGUCAGCAGGGACCCGGGCCACUUCCUCAUCCUCCUGGAGCAGAUCCUGCAGAAGACACAAGAGGUCCAAGAGAAGGGUUCCUAUGACCUCUUCACGCCCCUGGCCCUGCUCUUCUACUCCACUGUCCUCUGUACACCACACUUCCCGCCGGACUCAGACCUUCUUCUGAAAGCAGCCGGCACCUACCACCGAUUCCUGACCUGGCCCGUUCCCUACUGCAGCAUCAGCCAGGAGCUGCUCACCUUCAUCGACGCUGAGCUCAAGGCCCCAGGAAUCUCCUACCAGCGGCUGGUGAGGGCUGAGCAGGGUCUGCCCCUUCGGAGUCACCGCAGCUCCACUGUCACCGUGCUGCUGCUGAACCCUGUGGAGGUGCAGGCGGAGUUCCUCGCCGUGGCCAACAAGCUGAGCACGCCCGGGCACUCGCCCCAUAGCGCCUACAUCACCCUGCUCCUGCACGCCUUCCAGGCUACCUUCGGGGCCCACUGUGACCUCGCGGGUCUGCACUGCAGGCUGCAGUCCAAGGCCCUGGCCGAGCUCGAGGACGUCUACACGGAGACGGCAGAGGCCCAGGAGCUGGCCUCUGGCAUCGGGGAUGCAGCCGAGGCCCGGCAGUGGCUCAGGACCAAGCUGAAGGCGGUGGGAGAGAAAGCCGGCUUCCCCGAUGUCUUAGAUCCUGCGAACCCAGGCAAGCUCCGCACCAUCCCCAUCCCUGUCGCCAGGUGCUACACCUACAGCUGGAACCAGGACAGCUUUGACGUCCUGAAGGAGAUGCUGCUCAAGGAACAGGAGCUGCUGGAGCCGGGGCUCCUGGGGGACGAGGACGAGGACGAGGACGAGGAUGAAGAGGAGGAGGAGGAAGAGGAAGAGGAGGAGGACUUGGAAACGGAUGGGCAGUGUGCCCAGAGGGACUCACUGUUUUCCACCAGCUCGGAGGCCUCCCGUGACUCCACCCUGUCCCUCGCCUCGUCCCAGGCCUCGGGGGCCACCCUCUCCAGCCAGUUGCUGACCUCCUUUGUCUCGGGCCUGUCGGACGGCAUGGACAGCGGCUACGUGGAGGACAGCGAGGAGAGCUCCCCGGAGUGGCCCAAGAGGCCGGGCGGCCGGGAGCGCCGGGGCUACCGCAGGCCCGGGCAGAAGUUUAACAGGAUCUACAAACUGUUCAAGAGCACCAGCCAGCUGGUGCUGCGGAGGGACUCUCGCGGCCUGGAGGGCAGCCCGGACUCGGCACUCCCCUUCCUGAGCGGGGACGAGGACCCCAAGGCUUCCACCCUCCGCGUGGUGGUCUUCGGCUCCGAUCGGAUCUCGGGGAAGGUAGCCCGGGCCUACAGCAACCUGCGGCUGCUGGAGAGCAAUCGCCCCCUCCUCACCCGGUUCUUCAAGCUGCAGUUCUUCUACGUGCCCAUGAAGCGAAGCCAGGGGGCCUGCUCCAGCGCCUGCCCGGCCCCUCGGAGCCAGACACCGCCCCUCCCCCCCGAGUCCCCGAGGCACCCCCUCCCUGCGGAGCUGGGCGUGGCCCAGUGGGAGGAGAGCACCAACGACAUCUCUCACUACCUCGGCAUGCUCGACCCCUGGUAUGAGCGCAACGUGCUGGGCCUCAUGCACCUGCCCCCCGAGGUCCUGUGCCAGCAGUCCCUGAAGGCCGACUCCCGGCCCCUGGAGGGCUCCCCCAGCCAGCUGCCCAUCCUGGCCGACAUGCUGCUCUAUUACUGCCGCUUCGCUGCACGGCCGGUGCUGCUGCAGGUCUACCAGACAGAGCUGACCUUCAUCACCGGGGAGAAGACCACGGAGAUCUUCAUUCAUUCCCUGGAGCUGGGUCACUCUGCUGCCACGCGAGCCAUCAAGGCUUCAGGUCCUGGCAGCAAGCGGCUGGGCAUUGAUGGGGACCGGGAGGCCGUCCCUCUAACACUACAGAUAAUUUACAGCAAGGGGGCCAUCAGCGGACGAAGUCGCUGGAGUAACAUGGAGAAGGUCUGCACCUCCAUCAACCUCAACAAGGCCUGCCGGAAGCAGGAGGAGCUAGACUCCGGUGUAGAGUCCCUGACGCUAAACCUGACGGAAGUGGUGAAGAGGCAAAACCCCAAAUCCAAGAAGGGCUUUAACCAGAUCAGCACCUCGCAGAUCGAAGUGGACAAGGUACAGAUUAUCGGCUCCAAAAUCUGCCCCUUUGCGGUGUGCCUGGACCAGGAUGAGAGGAAGAUCCUGCAGAGUGUGGUCAGGUGUGAGGUCUCACCUUGCUACAAGCCCGAGAAGAGCAGCCUCGGACCCCAGCCCCAGAGGUCACCCCACUCACCAGCCCAGGCCACGCCCGAUCUCUGCUCCCUCCUCUGCCUGCCCAUCAUGACUUUCAGCGGGGCGCUGCCCUAGCGAGGCCCUGCACCCACCGCCCCGCACCCCACCCACCCGGGACAGAAAGCCCAGAAGCGGCCUCCUCCGAGCCUCUCCAGACGGCCGGCGGUGAGGGUCUCGCUCCUGGUGGAGAACCACAUGGGCCUGCGCCGGGUCCGGGUCCUGCCGUGGGCCUCGCACUGGGCAGGGCAGCGCGUCGGUGGUUUCUGGGGCCCCGGGGCUCUGCUUGGGACGGAAACAGGCUUUAGGGAGAGAGGGGCCUGGCCACACAGCCCCUCAGAUUCCCGAGGUAGAAGGAGAGCUGACCUCUGAGGGCCCCGGCCACCAACAUGCUCCAUACCCUUUCUAGAAGAAAGACCGGAGGCCCUGGUGCUCUGAGGUCUGGGUUAGGCCUCCUCUCCCAACCUGCGGCCCGGCGGGCCCACUCCUUCCUUUGUCAAAGGCCCGGGAAACCCUUUGUGUCCAGAGUUCAGUCCAGAAAUGUGGAUGAGACUUUUCAUUCCUGACCUUCAGACCAGCCCCCAUCUCUGUCCCCCUCUCUCUCCCCAUCUUCCACUCUCUCUAAAAAUCAGUGAAAAAAGAUCCUCAGGUGAGGUAUACUAAAUAAACAAAUAAAUAAAGGCUAGGGCGAUAGGGCGGAGGGCAGGGCCGGGGCCAGGAUUUGAACUGGCGGAGGUGGGGAAGGGAACCAUGCCAGCAGGCAAUUGUAUCCCGCACAGACCCCCUCCUUCCUCUCCUGCUUCAUCCUGAUCCAAAGGUUCUGGGCCUAUAGCAGCCCAGAGGAUUCACAACCGGAGAGACGUGGACAGGGCCAGCUCCUACCCGGAGUCGCCACUCCUCCCGCCCAGCCAGGCUCCAGAGAGUGGUCGGCUCUAUACUGUCAAUAUUAUUUUUUAUUGUGUGUACAAGAUGUCCUACUGUAUGAGCAAGCGUGGCAAUGAAUUGAAUUUAAUAUUAUUGUUAAAUAAAACAUCAAUCUUGUAUUUAA